CAGCAAUUUUUGUCAUUCUCGUAAGCUUAAGUAAUUAUGGUGCUAUUAAGUUGCUGUUGUAUUAUGUUUGCAAAAAGUUCAGGUUGGACGGAUCAUAAGCAAAGCUUUUAAAAAGAAAAAUGGAGAAAAACUGGAAAUCAUUUGAGAGCACGGCAAUGCACAUACCGGAAGAAAACUUGACCUAUCAAUCAUGGCUGCAGUCAGUCGAAUAUGCUAACCCAAUCUCCUUCGAAACCCUCUCACAUGUCACUACAUUCGAAAAUGCUAACAAUAUCUUAAUGACGGAAUUAAAAUCAUUUAAAGUUAAUGAUCAUUCAUGCGUAACAAGAUUUCCAAGCUCCACUUAUCAUCCCCUUCAAGACGUAAGAAUUUUGUGGGUCAAUGCAGAUGAUUUUCAAAACAACCAAGCUGAGAAACAUGGCAAUAUACGCUUUUUUACAACGUCUCUUGAUUUUAUUAAACCUAUGAACUUUUACAUAGUAGAAUUUAUUGAUAAUUGCUUACAACCCGUGGCGAGAGUGUUAGUCACAGGAAAGAAAUACCCACAGCUGAAACACUUUAAUAUCAACGUAGAAAAUGACGGUCCAAUUUUCUUAGAUUCUUCGGACAACUGGAUGAAGUACAUAUCUUUCAAGCGAAAAAACUGGUCAUUUUUUGAAGAGUUUAAAAUCGAAAUCAUGUUAGAAUCUCCUGGGAAAUGUAACUCGAUGUUUGACAGAAUAAACUACGUGAAAUGCGUAAAUCCGAAAUCGAUUGUUAAAAACGAUCGGUACGUCGAGAAAAUUGAAGCCUACGAUUGCGAAUUUGGGGAACUUCGCUACACUUUGUUUCAUUUUAGACACAGAUUUGAGAACAAAUACACAAUACUGGGCUUAACUGCGAGCACGCAGCAAUGCAUUCAAACUAUUGUAACGACAGAACUUACACGGCAAUGGUAUCCAUUAAAAACAAGACAGUUUUGCAGUAACAACAGUCCAAAUUACUUGAUAAGACAUUUAGCUUUCGAUAAAUCAUUGUACCAAAGAGAAAUCCAAUGGGAAGACGAAGGAACGGUCGAAGAUUUACAUUACAUCUUCACAAGAAGUGGUGAGCUGCCAGACGCAUUGACAAUGAUAUCGAAAAUAAUGGACAGUGUUGGGAAAAUGAGAUACCAUAGGUCAUUCAAGGAAGUUUUUGAAUUAUUUAUUGAUCAUUUCAAAAGUGAAGAAGCACAGGCUAGAGUUCAAGAGGCUAUAAUAAAGUUUAUAUUUUUCCACUAACAUAAAUAGCCUUGUGUAUUAGUGGGAAACAAAUGGCAAAUUAGGCAACAAUAAGAAUUACAAAUGUAAUUGCAACAGCAGACGCAACAACAACAACAACAACAACAACAGUAGACGCAACAACAACAACGACAACAACAACAGCAGACGCAGACGCAAAAACAACAACAACAACAGCAGACGCAACAACAACAACAACAACAACAACAACAGUAGACGCAACAACAACGGCAACAACAGUAGCAGACGCAGACGCAACAACAACAACAACAACAACAGUAGACGCAACAACAACAACGACAAUAGCAAUAAGAACUCAUGGACUUACUGUGGUAUUUUUAUUUUGCUGCGAGUUAGUAAAAAAUCUUAUUAUAUUUUGGAAGGUAAUUGUUCCAUAAAAAGAACGCAACCUCAAGUUUGUAUUAGCCGCAGGAGAAAUAAGAAUGUUUUUUUGAAGCGAUACUGUCGAGGGAUAACGAUUUUAUUGAUGCGUUAUAAAUUAGGAAAAAUCAUUAUACUUGAAUUAUACAUUAUUAAUUAC